GGCGCGGGAAGCCUCCUCGGGGUCCCCGCGGGCGCGCACUCGGGCGGCCGGGCGAUGGAGGCGCUGGCGGAGCUGCUGGCCGCGCUGCCCGCACUGGCCACGGCGCUGGCGCUGCUGCUCGCCUGGCUGCUGCUGCGGCGCCGGCCGGCCGCGAGCUCGGACCCCGCCCGCGCGGCCCCGGAGCCCGCGCCCCCGCCCGCGGCCAGGGCACCCUCGGCGCCGCCCGGCCCCGCAGCCACGGAGAACGCGGCCGCGCCCCAGGAGCCGGGGGAGCCCGCGGAGCCGGCGGAGGAACAGGCGGCCGCGGAGAAGCAGGAAGAGGAGCAGGAGCAGGACAGCGAGGAGGAAGCACCCCCAGCAGAGCCUGAGGAAGACGAUGGAGGAGAGGCCUUCUUCAAGUACAGCCCCGGGAAGCUGCGGGGCAGCCAGUACAAGAGGAUGAUGACCAAGGAGGAGCUGGAGGAGGAGCAGAGGAUUGAGCUGACCUCUGACCUCACUUCCCUGUAGCAAGUUCCUUAGGUCCUGAGCCACAAUAUUCUUGCAAAUCCUUUUGAACCGAAGAACGAAGCUGCCCUUAGCGCCCUCCUAAAGGCUUUUCCUUUGGCAGCUUAAAAGCUGGAGAGAGAAAAUGACCCCAGAGAGCAGCCUGGCUCCCAGUGCAUCCUGCCUGCCCCGCGGGGACCAGACCCCCAGCGGGCCUCCCCCCGGCUCGGGUGGCUUGCUUUGUCACGCUAAGGGGCUUAGGAGUUGUUCUCACUCCCUAAACACUGAUUUUGCUUUUCGCUCAGCCUUGCCUGCGCCACACACCUGCCCCCCUGAGACAGUCACAAGGCCAUCCCUGCACAAUCUGUCGUUUCCCUGCAGGCCUCCUGCGUCCUCCCACACUGAGGCCUCUCGGGGGUGACCAGACGAACAGGGCGAGCUGCCAUGCUCCCUGCAGGGUGGGGGUGGCCCGCUGCCCUCCUCUGCCUUGGGGCCACUUCCCUCUUGCUCUCCGUCUGGCGCAGUCGCUGGGGGUGACGGACGCUGUAUGGAUGACCAGGCAGCAAAGCAAGGGCUGGCUGUUGGCUUACCAUCCCCCUUGUGCCCUCUGAGGAGGCUUCCAUCAGCCUUUUCACUGAUGUUCUUACCAGCUCAGCCGCGUCGCCUCCUUUGCUUUGGCUGAAGCAGUAAUAACAGUGUUCGCUUCAAACAGAUUUCUCCUCGAUUUUGCCUUUUCCUAGAAAGUUUCCGAGAUGCGUUAGAGCUUCACCAGGUAAUCAGGUUGGUCCCAGGUUCGUUUCCUGGAGUUUUCUAUGUGACAGUAUUUAUACCAGGCCAGACUAGUCUACAGUCUUUAGAUGUGUAGGUUAAAACGUUUUCUUAAAGCAAUAAGUUAACAGGAAAACCUUUUCCAUUGAAUGGAAGGCUGGGAAAUAAAUGUCCAGUGUCGGCCCCCGGGCAUGUCCCGUUCCCAGGGCCCUUCUGCUCAGCCUGAUGCUUUAGGUUCAGGGCCGAGGGCAGAGCAGGCAGGGACCACGGCCACACGGAACCACAGGACGACAGAUGUCCUCUUGUGGGGACACGUGGCCCACACAGCCAUAGCAGUGUCCUUGUCCAGGCUGGGAGCUGCUGAUACAAUAAGCAGGCGACUCCCUCCAGGUCAGUUACCUCAGUCUGUCUGCAAACUCUGAACGUAGUUCGCGUCCGGCUGACGGCGUGGAUCUGCGUUUCAGCCUCUGUUCAGUCCAAUAAACUCGGAGCAGGUGAUCUUGA